AUGACUUCGUAUUCAACUCGAGACAUGUUGAGUACUCUGCCAGAAAUUUCUGAUGGUUCACUUGUUGGUCAUGAUAAACUAGUGAAGAUUAUCAAUCAUGUUCUCCUACUUCAUAGAGGCCCAAUUCUGACAUUCAAGAUCUCUAGUUCACAGUUGCAAACCUGUUCAGAGAUAGAUAGCUGGAUUCCUUACCUAUUAUUAAGUUCUUUAACAGAAUUUAAACUUCAGAUUUCUAGAUCUGAGCAUUAUAAUGUUCUUCCAUGUUUAUUCUCCUUUAGACAACUGAUUCAUCUAACAUUGGUUGGCUGCAUAAUCGUACCCCCUGUGACGUUCAAAGGCUUUAGCUGUCUCAGAAGUCUGGUUUUUGAAAAAGUUACACUCUCUAGUGUAACAUUGAAAUGUUUGGUUUCUGCCUGCCCUCAACUAGAAUGGUUGAUAUUGGCUGAUAUCGAUGAUCCAAUUCAUAUUGAACUUAGCAGUCCAAAACUCAAGUACUUGCGGAUCUCUGGAAAAUUCACUGGUUUUUGCCUCAAAGAUUUGGGACUUUUAGUUUAUGCAAGCUUUAAUGCAAGAACUGUGGUUCAUCGUGACCAACAGAGAACCUGCAAUUUUAGCAACAUUCUUGGCUUUCUACUCAGUAUUCGAAAGCUUGUCAUGAGAGGCUGGUUUCUACAGUUCUUAGCUGUUGGUGAUGUGGUGAGGAGACUUCCUUCUACUUAUGAUCAUUUGAAGAUAAUUUCCUUCACAUUAAAUGUGGAAGAUAUGAAAGUGAUUUUAGUUGCUAUAUGUUUAUUGAAUAGCUCUCCUAAUUUGCAAGAGCUUAAAAUCAUGGUAACUUUCUUGUAG